UAUGAGACAGAUAGAUUGAGAAAAGCAAAAGUGUAAGAGCAUUCAAGGCAAAGUUGCAACCGCACUGACAUUACCUUUAAUCACCACAAAUCAUCACUCUCUCCUUCUCUUCUAUAUUUCGUUUUCAUUCUUCCAAACACGAUGAACAUCUCCCUCUCCCACUCCCACAUUCCUCCGCCGUUUUCCCGAUAUCUCUAACCCAAAAAAAUACAAUCUUGCCGCGAAUGCUUUUUUGAAUUGAAUAAAUUCAACUGAGAAAUGCUGUUGCCGGAGAUAAAGUUAGUAGCUUUUUUGUUUUUGUUUCAAUCUUGGUUGGUUUCGGCUCAAUCUCUCUCCCCCACGUCUUUCAACGACGACGUUUUGGGCCUCAUCGUCUUCAAAGCGGGCCUCGCCGACCCGCAAUCGCGCCUCGUUUCGUGGAGCGAGGAAGACAACGUGGCCUGCAAAUGGGCCGGGGUGAAAUGCGACCCGAAUACCAACCGGGUCACCGAGCUAAUCCUCGACGGAUUCUCCCUCUCCGGCCACAUUGGGAGAGGCUUGCUCCGGCUGCAGUCGCUCACGCACUUGCAGCUGUCAAGAAACAAUUUUUCAGGGACGAUUCCUCCAAUUCUCGCCCAAAUUCCAUCUCUAGAGGUUCUUGAUUUGAGUUACAACACUCUCUCAGGAUCAAUUCCUGAUGAGCUUUUCCAGCAAUGUGGGCGAUUGAAGUCGAUUUCGCUAGCUAAGAACAGUUUAUCUGGCCCACUGCCGCAGUCCUUGACCUCUUGCUUGAAUCUGCAGAGGCUCAAUUUGUCUUCCAAUCGCCUCUCAGGUCAGUUGCUACCUGGGCUAUGGUCUUUGACUUCGCUAAGGUUUCUUGAUUUGUCUGAUAAUUUGUUGGAGGGGGAGAUUCCGGGAGGGAUUGAGAGUGUGGCUGAUUUGAAAGUGAUUAGUUUGAGAAACAACCUUCUUGUUGGUUGGCUGCCUCAGAGUCUUGGCAAGUGUUUGAAUCUUAAGAGUGUUGAUUUUGGUGGUAACUAUUUUAGGGGCAGUCUUCCUGUUUCAAUGAGGGAACUUGGUUUGUGCAGGUAUCUUGAUGUGAGUAUGAAUUCAUUGACAGGGGAGUUUCCUGAUUGGAUUGGAGAGAUGGGAAGGUUGGAAUUCUUGGACAUUUCUGGUAAUAAGUUUUCUGGUAGGGUACCUAGUUCUUUAGGCAAUCUGCAAUCGUUAAAGCAAGUUAAUAUGUCAAGAAAUAGGUUUAGUGGGAGCUUGCCUGAGUCAUUUGGGGGAUGUGUGAGCCUUAAAGUUGUUGAUGUUGGGCACAAUUCUUUCUCUGGCAAUCUUCCUUCAUGGCUUUUUGUGUUGGCUUUGGAGAGUGCUUCUUUUAAUGGUAAUAGAUACAGUGGGAGCAUCACUUUUCCCGCUUCUUGGUCGCAGUCGUUUGAAAGCCUUGAAGCGUUAGAUUUGUCGUCCAAUGCGUUAACCGGUGGGAUUCCAGCAGCUAUUGGGAAUUUCAGUAGGCUGCAGUCCUUGAAUGCGUCGCGCAACUCUUUAGCUGGUUUGAUCCCAGCAAGUAUCGGGGAGCUUAACAUGACUCGUGUUCUUGAUAUGAGUCACAAUCAGCUUUCUGGGAGCAUCCCGCCUGAGGUUGGGCGCGCUGUUUCACUGCAGCAGUUGAGAUUGGACAGCAAUAUGUUAAAUGGAGCCCUUCCGAAAGAGAUUGGGAAUUGCUCAUCUCUAACUUCAUUGGUCUUGUCGCAGAAUAAUCUCACCGGUCCUCUGCCUGGUUCGGUCACAAACCUAUCAAACCUCGAGGUGUUGGAUUUGUCAUUCAACAAUUUAUCAGGAAGCCUGCCGAAAGAAUUGACAAAUCUUUCUCAUCUUGUCUCGUUUAAUGUCUCCUUCAAUCACCUUGAGGGGGAACUCCCAGUUGGAGGCUUCUUCAACACCAUUCCCUCGUCAUCUGUUAUUGGAAAUCCAUCUUUAUGUGGCUCCAUAGUCAAGCAAUCGUGCCCGGCUGUCCAUCCCAAGCCUCUGGUCCUCAACCCCAACUCAUCCGUCUCAAAUCACGGCCCUCUUCCACCAAAUCUUCGCCACAAGCGAAUUGUGCUCAGCAUAUCUUCCCUUGUGGCCAUUGGUGCAGCUGUCUUUAUUGCUCUUGGUGUGGUUACAGUCUCUAUUCUCAAUAUGCACGCGCGCACCUCCAUGGCACGGUCUGCUGCUGCACUCACAUUCUCUGGGGGCGAGGAUUUAAGCCCUUCCCACGACACUGAAGCCAACUACGGGAAGCUUGUCAUGUUCUCUGGAGAAGCUGAGUUUGCUACCGGGGCUCAAUCUCUGCUCAAUAAGAAGUGUGAGAUCGGCCGCGGGGGUUUUGGGGCCGUCUAUAAGACAGAGCUUCGAGCGGGACGCUCCAUUGCCAUCAAGAAGCUUAACACCACGAGUUUAGUGAAAUGUCAAGAAGAUUUUGAGAGGGAGGUUAAAACACUAGGAAAAAUCAGACAUCCGAAUCUGGUGACACUUGAAGGGUAUUACUGGACACCUUCAUUGCAGCUGCUGAUUAACGAGUAUGUCUCGGGUGGCAGUUUGCACAAACAUCUCCACGACAGAGGGGACGAUAGCUGCCUCGUGUGGCAGCAAAGAUUCAACAUAAUCCUUGGUAUUGCUAAAGGGCUGGCUCAUCUGCACCGGAUGGAUGUCAUUCACUAUAACAUGAAGUCGAGCAAUGUUCUGAUAGAUACUUCUGGUGAUCCGAAGGUGGGGGAUUUCGCCCUGGCCCGGCUGCUCCCAGCAUUGGACCGCUAUAUCCUGAGCAGCAAGAUUCAGAGUGCACUCGGGUACAUGGCCCCAGAGUUUGCGUGUCAAAGUGUCAAGAUCACUGAGAAAUGUGAUGUCUACGGAUUUGGCGUCUUGACUCUGGAAGUGCUGACUGGGAAAAGACCGGUGGAGUACAUGGAAGACGAUGUGGUGGUACUGAGUGACAUGGUGAGGGAAGCGUUAGACGAAGGCAGGAUAGAGGAAUGUAUUGACACGAGGCUGAAAGGUAGCUAUCCGGUGGAGGAGGCGAUUCCGGUAAUAAAGCUCGGUUUGAUUUGUGCCUCGCAAGUGCCAUCAAAUCGCCCCGACAUGGAAGAGGUCAUAAGGAUUUUGGAACUCAUCCUAUCUUCUUCAGAGAAGGAAGAAAUGGAAUCAUAAUCUGCAAGAGGAAGAUUUAAGUUAAAAUUUGUUGGUAUCAGGUGAAGAGGAAUCCAGUUUGUGUUCAAUAUACAAAGAAAGUAGGCUUGCUAUGAAAUCUAUCAUAAGUUUUGAAAUCUCCUUUGCUUUAUUCUUUACAUUACUGGAUUUUUGUUCAUGUGAUCUCUCUAGUAAUAGUAAUACUAUACUUGUGAUU